AUGAAUGAGCAGGAGGGUGGGGUGGUCUCCUUUGAUGAAUAUGUGCGGCAGAAGGCCCGCACUGUGCCUCAGCACAGGAUGAAGGAGUUCCUGGAGUCUCUUGCCAAGGGCCCAGAGGUUCUGCAGGAGUUCAGCCAACAGGGAGGGGCAGCCACCACCACAGCCAUGGUGUACCAGCAGCAGGGUGCAAACUGUGUCUACACAGACAGCACAGAGGUGGCUGGAUCCCUUCUAGAGCUGGCCUGUCCAGUGCAAGUGACCUCAACAGAGAUUUCACCCCAAAUGUCUGUGCAUCAAGGGCCUGAACAGCAGCUUCAAGUGCAGUGUCAGGUUCAGAUCCAGGAGCAGGCGGGCCAAACGGUGGGCCAGGUCCUUCAGGUGACCGCUCCCUCUCAGCAGGACCUGCAGGGAAUCUCUACGGCCCAGCUGGUCCAGCACGGGGAGCUCACAGAGGAGCAGCAGCAGCAGAUACAGGCUCAGUUGGUUGCAGCUGUUGCUGGAGGGCAGCAAAUCCAGUUGUCGAGUGGCGAGCAAAUCCAGUUACAAGGGACACAGCAUAUUCAGCUGCAGGGAGGACAGCAAAUUCAACUCCAAGCUGGUCAACAGAUUCAGCUACAAGGUGGCCAACAGAUCCAGAUCCAGACCAUAGAGGCCAUGUCUCCUUCCCAGCAGCAGGAGUCUCCCAGGGAGGCUGACAGAAGGUCUGCCACUGGCGCAACCGUGCUCCAGCCAGCCAAGAAGAGGAAAGUGGAUGUACCUCUGGCUGUUUCCUACACCGUACCACAGGGGCAACAGUUGGCCACAGUUCUGACCAUUCCUCAAGGGCAGCAGCAAAGCUAUGUGUCCCUACGACCAGAUUUGCUGACAGUUGACAGUGCUCAGCUGUACAGCGCUACAGGAACAAUCACCGGUCCCACCGGAGAGACCUGGACCAUCCCUGUGUACUCCACUCCGCAGCAGCAAGGCGUGACCCACAUCGCUAUACCACAGGAGACAUACAGCACCGUGCAGGUCACCACCACCAACGGCAAGGACAAAAUGUCCCCGAGUUCCACCACAAGGUCCACAGACGUGCAGUCAGUCUCCACCACAACGCAAGAAGAAAUAGUCCAGACCCUGUUCCCAGCACAGUUCAUGAACGGAAACAUCCACAUCCCCGUGGCAGUUCAAACUGUUGGAGGGACCUACAACACUACCCAGUCCGUGCACAUAUGGGACCCAAAUCAUCAGCAGAGCCAAGGCGGAGAGGUCCAGGAGCAGCAGCUCCACCUGCAGAGCCAAGUGGAGACGGAAGCUGAUGCGGAGCCCCCUACAGAGAUUCUGGUCCCUGUGUCUCUGAAGCCAGAGGAGGGCCUGGAGGUGUGGCGCCUCUGGUCCAGUCGUAAAAAUGCAGAGCUGAGCAAGCAAGAAACAACGAAACUCGCACCAAUUGGACGGCGACAGCCCAUGCGAUUUCAAGAAGACUUGGUGUCCAGUGCGGUAGCUGAGCUAAAUCUGGCUCUUUCGCUGAUGACUCAGGAGGCUCGAGGUUCAGAGGAUGAGCAGUUUGCACCAGAUGUUCUAUAUUACGUGUUUUUGUGUAUACAAAAGUAUCUGUCUGAAAAUGGACGUGUGGAUGACAUUUUUUCUGAUCCUUAUUACACGCGUUUCUGUGAGAGCUUACACAAAAUCCUCCAUGACUGGAGACCCAGUGUCCAUCCUUUAGGUUAUAUUAUUCCAAGUCAUGUAACAGAGGAGAUGCUGUGGGAGUGUAAACAGCUCGGUGCACAUUCACCGGCCACAUUGCUCACAACUUUAAUGUACUUCAACACUAAAUAUUUCCGGCUGAUAACACCAGAGCAGCAUAUGAAAGUCGCUUUCUCCAAGGUGUUGAGACACACGAGGAAGAAUCCCACCAAUGCCAAGGACAAAGCUACGAGUAUCCGCCUUCUGAAGGUUCAAGGCCAACACAAUACUGGGCAGAAAGGCACCGAUGACAUGUACGAGGAGCAGAUCGAAGAUCCCGAGAACCCGCUUCGUUGUCCCAUUAAACUUUACGACUUUUACCUCUUCAAAUGUCCCCAAAGUGUCAAAGGACGCAACGACGCGUACUACAUGACCCCAGAACCCGUGGUGGCCCCAAACAGCCCGAUGUGGUACUCGUCCCAGCCCCUCACCAGUAAGCAAGUGGAGCACAUGCUAGCCCGGAUUCUCGUGGUCAGAGAGAUCCAGGAGAUCAUUGGCAGCGGUGGACAAAACGUGAGCUAAGAUGAGGAC